UUCCUAUCAUUUUCCUUCGCUGCCCUCUUCUUCUUUAUGCACACUAACAUCUCGAUUUCUUAAUUCCUUCAAAAAUUUAUUCAAUUUUCUAGACAUGGCCGGCAUGCUCCCCGGCGUGGAAUGUGCCCGGCGCCGGAGAUUUCAUCAGGGCGGCGGCUGGUCGGACUCAACCGCCUCCACCACCACCUCCUCCUCCACAAGAAGGUCGUCCUUUUGCCUCUACACAAGCAACCAUGAUUCCCAUCUCAGCUCAAGCUCAAGCUCCUCAUCCAUGCAGCAAAGAGGUGCGAUUGGGAAGGCGAACCAAGAUGAGAAGCUAGGUGCCGCCGCUAGAGAAGCCAAGGAAAGAUUGGAUGAGAGGCUGAAAUCAGGCCAUUGCAAAUCUGACCACAAAAGGAAUGGUAGAAAAGAGGCAGAGAAGAGGGGAAUGGUGAUGGGAGAUGUGCAGAUGGAGGUGUACGUGUUAAAGAGCAAGGCGAUGAAAUGGGCAAGAAAGCUGGGGUGGAAAGCGUCAGAGGGAGAGGAGGAAUGUGCCAUAUGUUUGGACCAGUUUAAGGUUGGUGAGACAUUGAUGCACCUGCCAUGUGCCCAUAGGUUCCACUCAAGGUGUUUGCUUCCUUGGCUUCACACUAAUGCACAUUGCCCUUGUUGUAGGAUGGGGAUUUUGUCUUCACCCUUUUGAUGUUUUUUUUAAUUUUGGCUUUCUUGGGUUACGUUGAAGGAGAAAGAAGGACUAUUACACAAUCUGUAAUUAGCUAGCUUGCUUGCUUUGGAUUAUGGUUGAGAAUUAAUAUAUAUAAUCUUGGCAGCAGCUUAA